UUCUAUUAUAAUUUCAUUAUUAUUCGCUAUGGAAUGAAAAUAGAUCGACAGACGAAAACGAAAAUGCGAAUGACGAUGUCGAUAAAUACAAAUAUUUAACGAGAGUGAUAAAAAUGUGUAUCUUGAAACUUCUUCGUUUGCACGUGACUCAAAAACGCAGAAAACGUGAAACGGGGAUUUUUUUUCGAUCGAAUCAAUACGGAAACACGGAUUGGAGUUACUUCGAUUUUCCGGAAUUUGCUUUUAACGACGCGGGAAACGAAACUUUAUCCACCAGUUUGAUCGACUCGAUGUGUUCGGAUUUUAAUUUCAGAGGAAAUGUGUGCGAUUGUGAGGAAUUCCACUUGAAACUCAAGGAAACUGAACAGAGAUACGGUAGAUUGAACGUUUUACGCUGGCUACUUUGGGAAGCGGAAUCCCGCGAAGAAAUGCCGGCUUUGGAGAAAGUUGCGGCCACUAAUACAACAUUGGCGUUGCAUUAUGCGGCGGCUAGGGGAUGCCUAGAUUGCGUGAGAUUAUUAGUUGAUUCGUCACCGGAAUUAAGCGCAAAUACCCAAAUGGACAACGAUGUAACUCCUGUCUAUCUAGCAGCCCAAGAAGGUCAUUUGGAGGUUUUGAAAUUUUUGGUAUUGGAAGCGGGAGGGUCCCUCUACGUUAGAGCGAAAGAUGGUAUGGCUCCCAUACAUGCAGCUAGUCAAAUGGGGUGUUUGAAUUGCGUAAAGUGGAUGAUUCAAGAUCAAAACGUCGAUCCUAAUUUGAGGGACGGUGACGGCGCUACUCCUCUACAUUUCGCCGCCUCCAGAGGACACUUGGACACCGUGCGUUGGCUACUCAAACACGGCGCUAAAUUAUCGUUGGACAAAUUUGGAAAAAGUCCGAUUAACGACGCUGCUGAGAACCAACAAGUCGAGUGUUUGAACGUGUUGGUGCAGCAUGGAACAGCGCCGGAUUAUCACAAUUCCAUAGAGAAAAGCUCGAUUGGUAAAGGAUGUUCUUGUACGAGAAAAGGCGAUAAAUUGAGACGAGGAAACAGUGUGGCCAGUGACUGUUCGAAUUGUAAACCAAAAUCCAACGCCGCCAAACACAGCAACUCGGAACCGUUUUAUCUACACCCUCCAUUGAGCGACAGAUCUAUCGAACCAGCUCAUGCUCCAGAAAACGGUCUUUACAUCAACCCCAUGAGCAAGCACAGACACAGCGCAUCCAGCAGCUCCGAAAGCAGCGCGAGCGGAGAAUCUUUCUAUCUGCACAAUCCCCAGGAAGUCAUAUACAAUCGAGUGAAGGAUCUAUUCGAAACGACUCAGAGACAACAAGGUAUUUCUGCUUUGACUGUGAAAGUGGAGGUUCAUUCCAGCAGCAGCGGCGCCGGAUCGGACGAGAAUUUAAGUUCGUCCGAUCUCUCCGAACGAUCCGGCGACAACGAACACGACUACGAAGACAUCUACACGAUCAGAGAAGAAACUAAAGAGACAAACAAAACCAGAUCGAGAUCCAGAGAUUCGGGAUCGCACAGUAGAUCCGCGUCAUUGACUUCUUCGCAUUCCGGAGGACUCGUAGUACUCGCCGCGGACAAAAAUAAUAACGACGAAGAUAAAAUCGAAGGAACAGAAAUACCCGAAGAAGAACCGGAAAAAACGAAACUCGCCCAACGACAUUCCCUUCCGACGAAAUCCGACAACGGUAAAAUCUUGAAGAGGGUCACUUCGGUUCCUUUGGAAGCUCGUCCGCCGCCUCCGCCGCCGCCUCCGCCGAAGGCUUCGCGCCCCGAAACCGAAGAUGAACCGAGAGGAGCCGAAAUCGUCGAAAUUAUCGAAGAACCGACUUUGAAACCGUCCGAUAUUUUGAAGGGAAUGUGCAGAAGUAUGUCAGCUCUAUCCGCUAGACGUUUGAAUUCGUCCUGUUCGGAUCUCACGAUCGUCAGUCUAGAUGGAGACGAAGCCGACAAACACGCUCCGAAUCUAGUGAACAAACAGAGGGUGUUGCCUUUCGUCCCCCCAUCGUUUCCGGGUUCAUCUAAUUCCAACAAUUUAAUCAAACCGUCCGAGUAUUUGAAAAGCAUCUGCGAUAAAAGAUCAUCGUCGAGCCGCUCGAUGAGAAGCUUGUCGGAAAGCGAAGACGCCGAAUGCUCCAAGUUCGAAGAUAAGAAGGAUACGAAUAGAAGCGCCGGGCCUCCUCCGCCUCCUUUGCCGGAUCUGCAACCCAGAGAGGAGGCGAAUGCCGAAAUGGUUAAGAAGCAGAAUCAACCUCUGUCGGCGAUCAGCAUCCAGGAUCUCAAUUCGGUUCAAUUGAGGCGGACCGAAAAGGUGGCGGCUUCUAAAACGUUUUCUGCUCCGACGAGAAGCGUGAGUUUGCAAUGUCUUCAGAGCGAACCGUUUUUGGCGCAGAAAACUGAUCUGAUCGCCGAAUUGAAAAUGUCGAAGGACAUAACGGGGAUUAAAAAGAUGAAAAUCGAGAAAGCUAAAUGCGAGGAGAGCAAAGAAAAGGAAAUAUUUUCGGAGAUUACAAGGCAAUUGACGACCACCAAGUUUGUCGAAAAGGUACCAGAAAAAGACAACACGGGAAAUAUAAUACCAGAGUGGAAACGACAAAUGUUGGCAAAAAAAGCUGCCGAAAAGGCUAGGAAAGAACUAGAAGAAAAAUUGCUGAGAGACGCCGAAGAGAAACGAUUAAGAGCCAUACCGCAAUGGAAACGGCAAUUAUUACAAAAAAAAGAAGAAGCCGAAUCUAAAAUGCGAUCAACCCUGUAUACUCCGAAAGUAGUAGACGAAUCAAGGAUAUCGAAAAAACUAGAUUUAGAUAAUAAUAACACGACGUCAAACGAUAGAACUACAGAAGAUAACGGUUACGACGAUGUUAAUAACGACGAAAGCAUCAAAUUCGAAAACGAAAAUAACGAAACGGAAGAACAGUCAGAAGAAGACACUCCUAAUAUCAUCCCUUGGAGGGCGCAUCUGAGGAAAACUAACAGCAAAUUGAAUCUGUUGGAGUGAAUUAGCCAUUCGUAGGUAAUCGUUUAGAAUAAAAUUAUAACCAGGACUUCCUCGAUUAAUUAAACAUCUUGUAAUUAUUGAAACUAAAUCGAUUAAUAAUAUGACAGUGACAGAUUGCAUGAUUAGAAUCAGGAAUACCACAAUAACUGUAGUGUGAUUUAAAUUUUGACGUUUAUCUAAAAUUCAUUUUCCAUCUACUGACUACUUAAUCGUAUAGGUAAAGGCUAUUUUAUAAGAGGGAAAGAAUAAUGACAAACGUAGUCUCGAUAUACUAUUUAUUAAGUUAGUCUAAUAAAAGACACGUGCAGAUACAAUAAAAAUUAGAAAUUUAAAUAUUAAUUUCGUUCUAAUACUUUGUUUUAAUGUAUAUCAGACUUUUUAGUUUUAUUAGGUAGGUUCUGGUUCUAUAUUUAUGACAGUUAUAUAAAAAAGAAGAAGAAGAACAUAAAUGAUUUGGAUGAAUCAUUUCAAUUGAGUCGAUGUGUGGUAAACAAAAGCUUUUGUCGUAAAUUUUUGUGGUUUGUGAUCGAUUUUAAAGUAAGAAAUUUGCUCCCAGAAAGUGGAUUUGUUAGUUUUUUUCCCACUAUGCAGGGAUGUGUUCAGUGUAGGCAAACGGUAAAUAUAAUCUUAAAACUUGUGGAAAAUGAGAAGGAUUCUAACUAAAGCUGUUUACAUCUAAUGAAAAGAAGUUUAUUUCACUUUAAGUUUGUAUACUUAUGCUGUCACUGGGUUAUCAUUUUGCAGCCUACUUGAUAAGGUACGUGGUUAAUGAAACAAAUUACUCGUAAUAAAAAAAUAAAACUUUAAUGCCAAUAAGAACAAUAAAUCUUACAUAAAACUGGGGCCUGUCGAGGCACACGUCGUGCGUAUGAACUCUUUUAUACAUUACAUUACAAGUUAAUUUCAAAAAACUCCCUUAAUUUAAGCACAAAAUCAGUACAUUUUGUAAAUUGGUUUAAAUACUUCUUGAAGACUAAAUUAAAAAAAAAAAACAGAAAAUACUCGGUUUCAGCUGUAUUAAUUUCACUGAAACAAACGUAAAUUGUAUCUAUGAAGUUCUAUUAACAUCAUGAAACAAUAAAACAACUUCCUUACCGGAAAAACGAAGAAAAACUAACACACAUCCGAGAAAAUCAAUUGUUUACCUAUCGGCCGCCAUUUUGACGUAGAUUAGCUGUUUUCAUAGAUUGACUUAUUUAAACCCAGUGUGUAUAAUUAGAUUUAUAAAUAAAUACGAACGUAAUUAGUGAAAUUAUUAACCUCCAUUUGCUAUUAUUUAUGUUUUUCUUCGUUGAUUUAAUGUAUAUUAUUAAUUUAUCAAACAUAUAAAGCGAAUUUCAAUUUGUAUUUAUAUAAAUAUUGUCUUCAUUUAGUUCGUCUAUUUACAUAAUGUUAAAUACAGAUACAGAACUAAAAUAAUGUUAGAGAAGCUACAUUGAAUCCGAAAAUGUUUAGGUGCAGAUAAACAACGUUAUUUUAAGUAGCAGAAAAUAUUUUUUAAUCAAAAUUCAUCAAUAUACUAUUAAUAUGAAAUAAAAAAUGACGGAGGUCUUCCAUCAUGAUACGUAAGCAACAAUAACUAUAAGAAUAUUCGAGAUCGGGACAAUAUGAUCAUGAUCUAAUCCGGAUCACUUUCAUUAUUGUUUGUAAAUCGAUUAUUUCAUCGGGUCUUAGUCAUAUGUUAUGAUCCUUUCAUAAUUUCCAUAUAUAUAAUACUUCUAUAUGGACAUUUUCUAUAAGUUGAAGCUGUUCUGACUAAGGAAGACAGAAUGGCAUCGAUUUCUCUAUUCUCCGAGGUUCCAGCUCGGUUCUGUAUAUUAUCAAGCAUGCACAGUAUAGAUAAAGUGCCUCGAACCAUACCAACUGUCUAUAUAGGAGUAUAACACAUAUGAUAACUUCGUAUUGAAUAAUUAGUGAUUAUUGUUUACUUAUACACGUUUUAUUAUGUUUUUUUGAUAUAUUUUCAGAACUUUACACAACCUAUUUUUUAUUAUGAAAAAUUUUUUUCAAAGCAUUUAGGAUCAUAUUGAAAGGAGACAUAAAGUAAAGUGGCGGCUUCCAGAAUUUACGUAAAACGGUUAGAGGUAGAAUAUUCAAAUUAUACCAGGUAUUACUAAAAUUAAAAACUAUCUAUAGAUUGCUGUAUAAAUUGAACAAAAAAUAAAAAUUGUAACUGUAAUUUUUCAACACAUUUAGUCAAUAUAUUGUGAUUUAUUGUAUUUUUUGUUAAAUAAAACUCCAUUAUAUUAUUAGCUUAAACUAUUGUUUAUAUUUAUAAUGUGCUUUCGAGGUUUGGGUUUGUACAAAAUUAUUUUGUAUGUAUAAGAAAUAAAUUUUUUAAAAA